GUAAGAGAUCCAUUCCAUGUCGGCGGGGAAAACCAGAACGGCGAAGUAUUCAUGGAUCUUAGCUCUUUACCAUCUAGCGCCCUCCACCUUGGCCGUUCUUUGGUAUGCCGUUCUUUGGUAUGCCGUUCUGCUAACUAGCACUACCGAUUCUAGACCCGCUGUUAGGCGUUCUCAAGACAACUUCUCGUCUCCCAUUACCAGAUUUAGAAAUUCCCGAUCAAAGACUUUAGCUCUUUAGCUUAGGGCAUCGCUUUAGUAGCCAAGAAUGUGUAUGGUUGUGAGCCAAGAUGUGAGACAUACUGAUCUAUGGCUCAGGUUCCAAAAAGAUAUCUUGCUAUCCCAUAUCGGAUACCUCAUACCCUAUUGCUCAACUUGGGUCUCAAUAUUCGGAAUCCCUUUCACCCUAUUAUUUGUAAGGGCACGUGUUACGCAAAAGUACAUACACACCUACCUUUACGUGUUUGUCACUCUAGAUCACUCCUGAAGAUAUAAAAUUACUUAACCUAAGUAGGCUUAAAGAGGGACAAAAAGAAAAGUGAGAAAUAUUGGGAGGGGAAAAAAAGAAAAAAGCCACCAAUCUUCAGAACACCUCCUGAAAAAGAACCCCGUUCCUUGACCAUACACAGUAAAGAGUAUAGUUAUAGCUACCUGAGUAUUUUCUUGGAAUGCUCGGGGUCAUCGAGAUGGAGGGAGAUGGUUGCAAGACAGGAUAACCGCGAGACAAAGCGUCUCUCUUGGGCUCGGGAUCUGUGGUAAAUACUCAACUGCAUACUACUUCCUGAAAUACCGUGACAUGUCGUAAACCGCAUGAAUAAGACAAGACGUAACUUUGCUAGGUACCUAGGCAGCUAGGUAGUUUCAAUUGUCCGUGUUUAUUGGUUUUUCC